GGCGGAGAUCAACAGUUUGGUCUUUAAACAAGUGAGCUGAAGACGUCCAAAGAUCCUCUUCAGCAAACUUCACAUCCUGCAGAGUAACAAUAGAGGAAACGCUCUUUUUUCAGAGGACUCGCACAACCUGCAAAUAAAAUGAUUUUCGACAAGUUGAAAAAGUUUGACAUCGUCUUCGACUCUCCGGAGGUGGACUGUCCUCCGGUGUUCAGCAGCGGGGACGUGGUGUCCGGCCGGGUGGUGCUGGACCUGUCCGGGGAGAGUCGGGUGGACUCCCUGAAGCUCCAUGCCGAGGGAUUCGCUAAAGUGCACUGGACCGAGUCCCGGUCCGCCGGCUCCAGCACCGCAUACACGCAGAACUACAGCGACGAGGUGGAGUACCUGAACCGGAGAGAGGUGCUGCUGCAGGCAGAUAAUGGUGAAGUGACCGUCCUUCCUGCUGGCAGACAUGAAUUUCCAUUCAGCUUCCAGCUGCCUGAGGAGACGCUGGUCACCUCCUUCGAGGGGAAACACGGCAGCAUCCGUUACUGGGUCAAAGUGAAGCUACACAGGCCUUGGGCCACCGUCAAGAAGAUCAAGAGAGAGUUCACAGUCAUCGAGCCCAUCGACAUCAACACACCGGCCUUACUGGCGCCACAGGCUGGAACGAAGGACAAGAUGGCACGGGCGUGGUACCGCAACUUUGGGCAGGUGUCUGUGACUGCAAAGAUCGACCGCAAAGGCUACACACCAGGUGAGGUGAUACCCGUCUUUGCGGAGUUCGACAACUCUACCUCCAGAUCAGUGGUGCCCAAAGCCUACAUCAUUCAGACACAGACAUUCAUCGCCCGCGGCACCAAGAAGCAGAAGCGCUCGGUGGUGGGCACGCUGUGCGGGGACAUUGUGGGCACCAGAUGCAGGGAGACGUGGCACGGUCGCGCCAUCAAGAUCCCACCUGUGGGUCCUUCCAUCCUGCAGUGCCGCAUCAUCAAAGUGGAGUACAUGCUCAAGGUUUGCGUUGACGUUCCCGGGACGUCCAAACUGUGCCUGGAGCUGCCGCUAGUCAUAGGCACCAUCCCCCUCCAUCCCUUCGGCAGCCGGACCUCCAGCGUCAGCAGCCAGUACAGCGUCAACCUGGAGUGGCUGCGCAUGGCCAUCCCCGAGCAGCCUGAGCCUCCUCCAGAUUACAGCUCCGUGGUGACGGAGGAGGAGGCCGAGCAGCGCAACAAUGCGGUGGUCCAGCAGCCCGCCGAAGACCUGAGUGGGAUCCUGGAGCGCCCCCUCAUGGCUUUUGUCCAAGAGUUUCGCUUCCGACCUCCGCCGGUAUACAGCGAGAUUGACCCCAACCCUCAGCCCUUCAACAUGAGACCUCGCUGCAUGACGUGUUGAACCACGAGCCCCGCCUGAGCGUCAAGCGACUUAAAUUAAUGAAACGAAUCAAGAGAUUUGUCUUCUCCUGGUUUACCUCUCUCUGACACAUGGCGCCUGGUCCCAUCAAGUGUCGUGGUGGGGGACUGGAGCGCCACGGAGAGGUCAGGAGACGGAGCUCACAGGAACUGGAUGCCAGUGGAGGCCACUUUGUUUCCAGUCCAUAAAGCAAAGUGGACGCUUUCCUGUUCUGUCGUGAAGAAAGCAAGCCAUCAGUUCCUGUCCUCCCCAUGUGAUCUUUGGCUCCUGGUGACACGAGCUGCAAAUACCUCCCAGUCAAGGAUUCCCUCAUGUGAAGCGAAUUUUGACAGAGUCGUCAGAGUUGCACCUGGUGGUCUGAUAUUUGAAAAACACAACGCUUUUGAUAAGUCGGCAUAUGAUCUUAGAAGCACAUUGUCAACUUUGAGUGGCGUAAAGAGAGAAGUGCAAUUAUUAUCCUCGAUUGCCAGCUCCCCCUGUACUGGCAGCGCAGUAGAUUUUAACAACCUACAUUGCUAUGCAUAGUGUGCCUGUGAUGAUUUCUACUGUUACUCAAGCACAUACUGUAUCUGAAGGUGGAGCAGACAAGUCAAGUAAGCAGACGUAGAUGUAUUUUAUGCAUGCAGGUCACAAUAUGUAAAAAGGGAAAAAUGUGUAUGCCUUAAUUAUCUGCCGUUGAAGAUUGCAUGAGAGUUUCAGGGAGUCGUUCUCUCAUAGAGAUGAAUAGAGCUGAAUGUAUUCUGAAAGAACUUUACAACAAAAAUGGUUGAAUUGUAUGUGGGCGUUUUCCAAGAGAAACGUUGUGUAAAUGCAAGGCUUAAGGCACUGAAGUGUCAGAUAGCUGUGGUCGUUGAUCUUAGCACGGUGAUUAAACAGGAUGAGCAGUUUGUGUAUAAAGCUGAACAAGGCUCGUAGAUUAGCUCUCCCAGCUGCUAAACAAAAGGAGUAGGAGGAGGAGGAGGAGAAGUCUGAGCCAUGUGGCCUGAAGCUUUUGAUGGGAGCCAGAUGCCCCGGUGCCGUGGGGCGCUCUGUGAAGCUCAACCCGAACACACUGCUCAGCGUUCAAGUCGAGCCUCAAGCUGGAGAUGCCACUGAAAUACACGGACGAAAAUCCAUUCCAAAAAACUGACUCGAGGAUUUGUCCUCAACUUCCAAAAAGACUGUUCGGAGUAAGAAAGAAGUCUUCAGGGUCAGCUGUGCGACUUUGGUGGCACGCACUGAAAAUAACGAAUGUAUUUUUAUACAAAUGCAAUUGUUGGUUCACAAUCUUGCCAAAGUUUUGUAAUUGUUUUUUCUAAUAAAAAAAAAAAAACUCAAAAGGA